AUGGCUCUCGCAAAUGCAACUUUUGCAGAAAUACUGGACGAUUUAUCAAGCCGAUUUAUAAUAAACGUACCAGAAGAAGAACUAGCAUCCGUUGAAAGAAUUUGUUUUCAAAUCGAACAAGCACAUUGGUUUUAUGAAGAUUUUCAUUGUCCUUUAUUACAUCAAUGGUCUCACGAGCAUGAAAAGGCUUUUGCUGAUUUUAUGCAGUACAAAAUUAGAGUUCCCGUGUGCGGGGCAAUUAUGUUAAAUGAUACUAUGGAGAAGUGUGUAUUAGUAAAAGGAUGGUCUUCUCGUUCGGGAUGGGGUUUUCCCAAAGGAAAAAUAAAUAAGGAUGAACCUGAUUCUACCUGUGCUGCUAGAGAGGUGAAUAUUAAUUGAAUAUAAAUGUACUUGAUGAAAAAAAUGAAUGAGAGGCAUCAUUUUGUUAACUGUAUAAUAAUAAUU